AACAAAAAUAGCCUUAAAAUCAAUGUAAAAUAUAUCAGUUUUCAAAUCGAUCCCUAGCAGGUUUAAGAAUUAUCUUGUAAUAAAAGUGAAUUAGGAAGAAAGUGAAAACUCAGAAUUUUACCAUCUUUAGAGGGAAGUCUAGGAAUGAAUAAUUAGAAUAAAAACUAAAAAUAUACAUGCUAGUUUAGAGCAUGUUAGUCAAAUCUGAGUCAUCAGAGCCAAAUGAGAAUAUUAGUACAGAAAUGGAUUUGAAAUAAAAAUUAUUACUAUGUUUUAUCAAGUAAACGAUUUAACACACUAGUGAGCGGUUUAAAAAAUACUUGUAGAAACGCAAAAGGCUUUGUUAGUUGACAAAAAUUAUUUGAUUUUUAUAACCGUUUUGAGUCAUGGUAUGCUGAAAAUUAUAGAAUCUAUAUAUUUUUGUUAUUCUUUAAGAACAGACAAAGAACAGGUUCUGUUGGGGAGUUACACCUAUAAAAUUUAAGCUUUAUAUAAUUCAGUUAUCUCUUUUUUUUUUUACAUUUUCGUAAUCCCGGGUCAGCUAGUCGAGUCCGACACACAAUAGUCAGCACUCUUCAUAGCACCAUUGUUAAGAACUGCAUGGCGUUAUUAACUGCAGCAGACCUUUUAAUCGACUACCAACAUACUGAUCAAGACCAGCCAUUCGUAUAUUUUUUUGUGCCGCCAAAGUUGCCAUCUAACGACAGAUCAUUGAAACACGUUUUAAUAUUAUCAAGACGAAAUUACUCAUGUCAACAAAUACAAUUAAAUAACAAACAGCAUUCGCGCGUUGCUAGAAAAUCGAUGCUAUUGUAAUCGAUUGCAUGUCCUGGAGUUCAAGGGUCACUCGUGAGCGGCGCUGUGGAAGUAGACGGUUCUAAAAUCAACUGUUUAUUUACAAUGUUUAUCUUUAUCUUUACCGAUUUACUGAUGAGCUACAGUAAAAACUGUUUACCCCGUUAAUAAAUCUGUGUUUUUUUUUUUUUGCUAUUUUCUCUUUUUACGUCUAGAAUUAAACCUGACCAACGGCAAACUGAUAAGUUGUUAGCCGUUAAGACUUUUAGUUUUCUGAUUAGGUGUUAUAAAGAGAAGGGUUUCAACGUCUGGUAAUAGAAAAAAUAUACAGGUUAUACUACAAAAAUGCAGGAAUUAAUCGCGUGUGUCGAUCAUAUCAAGUUUGAUUUAGAAAUUGCUGUAGAACAACAAUUAGGCGCUCAACCAUUGCCAUUUCCAGGAAUGGAUAAAUCUGGCGCAGCUGUAUGCGAGUUCUUCAUGAGAGCUGCCUGUAUGAAAGGUGGAAUGUGUCCUUUCAGACACAUCAGCGGAGAAAAGACUGUGGUGUGCAAGCACUGGCUUAGAGGUUUAUGCAAGAAGGGAGACCAGUGUGAAUUUUUACACGAGUAUGACAUGACAAAGAUGCCUGAAUGUUAUUUCUACUCUAAAUUUGGGGAGUGCAGUAAUAAAGAGUGUCCAUUUUUGCACAUUGACCCAGAAUCUAAGAUUAAAGAUUGCCCAUGGUAUGAUAGAGGGUUUUGUAAGCAUGGUCCGGACUGCAGGCACAGACACACAAGAAGAGUCAUCUGUGUAAAUUACCUGGUUGGCUUCUGCCCAGAGGGCAAGUCAUGCAAAUUUAUGCACCCAAGAUUUGAACUCCCUAUGGGUGCUACUGAACAGCCACCAUUACCACAGCAGGCCCAGUCUCAGCAAAAGUUUAAUCUCCAGCAGCAAAACAUGCAGCCUACAAACAGGUCCUCACAGUCACUCAUCCAGUUAACCAACACCAACAUCAACAACAACCAGAGAAUGCCAAAUGCUGUUGGGAUAGUGCACUCUAACAACAACAUGGGUGGCCCCCGCGGUCCUCGUCCACUGGAUCAAGUUACGUGUUACAAGUGUGGUGAGAAGGGCCACUACGCAAACAAAUGCACCAAAGGACACCUGGCGUUUUUGAGCGGACAGUAAAGUUUUCUACAAAAAGGAUCUCCAAUAAAUGUGACUAUAACUUGCAAAGUGACAUAUUUCAUUCCUGGUACAUUAAAGAAAUAGUUCACCCAAAAAAUUUAAAUUUAGCUGAAAGCUGAUUUGGCUUCAGGCUAUCCAGAAAUUAAGUUUCUUCAUCAGAACAGAUUUAGAGAAAUUUUGCAUAACAUUGUUUGGACUCUCAUUUUGAUGAGCAAAUGAUGUUAAACUUCUCAAUCCGUCGACACAAACUCAUAUAAAUAUUGGAUGGCCUGAGGGCGAGUACAUUUAGAUUUUUUGUGGGUGAACCAUUUCUUUAAUUUAUUACUGCAAAAGCUAUAGUUGAGAGACAGAAGUGUGGCUCUACCUCACUGUCCAUGUGCCAAGUGCAUCUCAGUACACAGUGAAAAACGAUCAAUGACCACCGUUUUCAUAUAGAUUUUUAUUUUACUUUCACAUGAAACCUUAUAGUCUUUUGUAUUGGAGCAGCAAGCGUCUUGAUUGCCUGAACUUUAAAGCGAAGCUGAAAUUAGAGCGAAGUAUAUACUUUUAAGGGAAAAUGAUAAACAAAAUUACCCGAAAUUAGAGAGGCAGAAAGGACAUCACUUUGUAGUCCAUUAAGAUACUUGUUUAUAUUAAAUGAAAGUGAUUGUUGGGUUGUUGUACUUCUUACAAAUAAAGAUUUACUGGAUUUGUAAAACCAUCACCUUCGAUAUGUAAUCUUUGUAAAUGUAGAUAAGUACCACAAUGUGGUUUUAGCUUGGAAUAGUAGCUUUUGCCUGAAUAAACACUUCUCUCAUUUUCCUUA